GGGCUGCCCUCAGGGGCUGGGCUCCGGCCAGGAGGUGGCUGCGCUGGCGGCCAGGCCCGGUCCGGGUAUAAAUAGCUCGGUCCGCGGCGGCGGGGGGCGCGGGCUAUAUUUGGUGGGGCUGCUGCAGCCCUCCCUGUAUGGGUGGCCUCCCCGAGGGGAGUGGGGAGCACGUGCGCUCUGGCCGAGGCGCUUUCCCCUGUUCACAGCACCCUAAACACUCCCCGACCCACACCCGCCCUUGGGCAAUGACUAACAGCCCGUGCAGGGAAAUGGAGGAUCCCCUUCAGGGCCAGGCUGGGCUCCCUGGGUUCGCCCUACCUCUACCCCGGCCCCCAGGCGUGGGAAAACCAGGCCCAGACUUUGGUAGCCUCCCACUUCCUAACCCACGCCUGUUUCCCCAUCCGAAAAGUGGUUGAUGAGGAGCCUCCCUGGGUGUUGGGCCAGCCAAGACACAGGGGCUGCAGACUGGAAGGGAAGUCCUUAGCUCUGGCUGGGGCCACCAGGGGUGGCUGGAGUCGGUGAGGGACCAGAGGGGGAGCCGAGGGGCCGCUGUCCUCCUCUCUGUCCCAGAGGCACCGAGCUUCGUGGCCAGGAGGCCUGGGCUGAAAGGGUCCCUCUCCUGGUGAUGGCCAGAGUCAGGCCUGUUGGGCAGGAAAUGGCCGUUGGCCCACCCCAAGGCCCAAGGGCUUGUCCGUGCUGAGCACAAGGGUGGGUGGUCUUGUGUCUAUUGGGGCUGGGGAGUCCAGGGUCCCAGCUUCACUUCACAGGCCUGGGAGUCAGGUGGGGGCUGGCCUGACCGUGCUGGGAGAGGAACUGUUCUCCAGCAUGGUGUGGAGGAGGCUGGGCUGGACUCCCUCGUGGCGAGCAGGAACUGAGGAGGUGCUAGGAGGCCAUGGCGGGUGUCUGCCCCCAGAGAGGCUUUGAGUGCACAGGGGCACUGCCUUGGCAGGUGCAGUCUUUCCCCCAGGGCUCUGUGGUGUGGACAGUCUGGGGUGGGCAUCUGGAGGCCUGAUUUCAAGGCAGACUUGGUAACGACCCCAUGUGACCUUGGGCAGGGCCCACCAUCCAGGCCACCCAGAAAGCCAUGUGGCCUGCAUGGUCAGGCCAGCCCCCACUGACUGAAGCAGGGCACUUUACUUUGGAGGUGCAGCUACCAGAGGGCUCUAUGGAUCCCGGCCCAGCCGUCAGGCCAGACGGUUCCCCCCCACUGGCCUGCAGUGACCCUUAUGCCAGGCUUGGCUGGCUCAGCGGUGGGUUCUGGGGUGACCUGGCCACGUGGGACAGAAGGGCCAGUGCCGCCCCCUCCAGUGAGGAGCCAAAUGUGGGCUACACUCUGGGCCCCAGCGGGGGCCUUCGGGGCGGUGGCGCAAAGCCAUUGGAGGUGCCCAGGCCCUGGCGCAGGGGCGGGGCGGGAGCAGAUAGGGCUCGUGGAGUCCUCCCAGCGUCACCUGCCCGAGUCAGUCCCAUCUGUGAAAUGGGCCACGCCGGGCAGCCGCACGCACAGAACCUCGGGGGCCCCUGCCCCGAGACCCGCGGUUCACGAGUCGACGUCCCCGAGCCGCGCCCACUCAACCCACCUCUGCAGCAAGUGGAGCCGGCCCCGCCCUGUGGCUUCGAGGCCCCGAUGCCUGGCGCGGCUCCCGGGCUCCGCUGACCCCGGUGGACCCGCGCGCCGGCAAUUACGGUAGCGGCCGGUAGGGCUCCUACUGCGGGCAAUACGGGGGCUCCUCCCAUGGCGCGGUCACGUCCCCCACGUCCCGCGGCCGGCGGGGCGGGACCGGGCGGAGCAUCCUUCCCUCCCCCUCCCCCAGGUGGGCCCCGCCCAAGCUCGCCCACCCGCGCCGACCCCCGCCGGCAGAGCCGGGAAGCCGGAACCCGCAGGCGCCCUCCCUCCAGCCCGGGCGGGGGUGCGCCGAGGAGGGACCUCUCCUGGCAAGGGUGGAGUUUUGGGUUCCCCUCUCCGCCCCCCACGUCCCGCCUUCCUGCUUCCUCCCGGUCACUACCUCCCCCCGAGUCCCCACGACGCCCGCUGGGCGGCGGUGGGGUGGGGGCGCCUCCUGACCCGAGUCCCCCUCUAGUCUUGGCCUUCGGGCACUGGCUUUAGGGUGGAGGGGUGCAUGGGAAUCCAGGAAUGGGGCGAGGUGGCCUCGUGGAGGGGCGGCCUGGCGGGGUCCAGGAGGCCUGGGAGGUGGGGGAAGGCGGCUCUGGACCAGCUCCGGUCCCCACCGCCCCCCGGCCCCAGGGCGGUGACCUCGGCCUUGCGGAAUAGCGGUCUUCAAGCUCUGAGACCCCGGAGUGUCAGCUCAGGGCUGAAGCCGGCGGCGGCGGCACAUGCAGCCUCCCUUUCCCACGUGGGACUUGAGCCCAGUCCCUCUUGGGGCACCAGUGGGGGCUCCUGGCCCUGGUGUAAGUGGCCAGUCCGGCCUGUGCGUCUGCCCCGCCGGCCUCUGCCGUCAUGAUGUAAGCGGACACAGCGGCAGGGCACGGGCGUGCGCGGGGGUCUGCGGGGGUCAGAGGUGGGGUGCAGGGCCCAGGCCUGGGGCAGCCCCUUGCGCAGCGUCCACCCCCUGCCAGCUCGGCCGGACACCUUUGCAGGCGGCCGGGGCGGGGCUGCCGGGGGUUACUCACUGCUCCUUCCUUGUUUGCACAACAGGGACGGCGGGGGAAGAAAGGAACUCAGCGAGGCCCCUCCCCCGGUGCGGCGCCCUCCCGCCCUCAGCACCCCUUAGCAGCCAGGCGCUAGCCACAGAGGGGCCGCUUCCUUGGUCCUCAGGCAGCUCCCUUGGAUCCAGGAAGGAAAGGAAUUGCCCUUUUCCUGCUCCGCCUCCUGCCUGGGCCACAAAGGCAGGGCUAAGGCCCAUCCUUCAAGGGCUGGAGUCAGUUAGGUGAGGCGGAACCGACCCUCUCGGCCAUGGGAGGGGCCGUGGUGGACGAGGGCCCCACAGGCGUCAAGGCCCCCGAUGGCGGCUGGGGCUGGGCCGUGCUCUUCGGCUGCUUCGUCAUCACCGGCUUCUCCUACGCCUUCCCCAAGGCCGUCAGCGUCUUCUUCAAGGAGCUCAUGCGGGAGUUUGGGAUCGGCUACAGCGACACAGCCUGGAUCUCCUCCAUCCUGCUGGCCAUGCUCUACGGGACAGGCCCACUCUGCAGCGUGUGCGUGAACCGCUUUGGCUGCCGGCCCGUCAUGCUUGUGGGGGGCCUCUUUGCGUCCCUGGGCAUGGUGGCUGCGUCCUUUUGCCGGAGCAUCAUCCAAGUCUACCUCACCACUGGGGUCAUCACUGGGUUGGGUUUGGCGCUCAACUUCCAGCCCUCGCUCAUCAUGCUGAACCGCUACUUCAGCAAGCGGCGCCCCAUGGCCAACGGGCUGGCGGCAGCAGGCAGCCCCGUCUUCCUGUGUGCCCUGAGCCCGCUGGGGCAGCUGCUGCAGGACCGCUACGGCUGGCGGGGCGGCUUCCUCAUCCUGGGCGGCCUGCUGCUCAACUGCUGCGUGUGCGCCGCACUCAUGAGGCCCCUGGUGGCCGCGGCCCAGCCGGGCUCGGGGCCGCCGCGAUCCUCCCGGCGCCUGCUAGACCUGAGCGUCUUCCGGGACCGCGGCUUCGUGCUGUACGCGGUGGCCGCCUCGGUCAUGGUGCUGGGGCUCUUCAUCCCGCCCGUGUUCGUGGUGAGCUACGCCAAGGACCUGGGCGUGCCGGACACCAAGGCCGCCUUCCUGCUCACCGUCCUGGGCUUCAUUGACAUCUUCGCGCGGCCGGCUGCGGGCUUUGUGGCGGGGCUUGGGAAGGUGCGGCCCUACUCCGUCUACCUCUUCAGCUUCUCCAUGUUCUUCAACGGCCUCGCGGACCUGGCGGGCUCCACGGCCGGCGACUACGGCGGCCUGGUGGUCUUCUGCAUCUUCUUCGGCAUCUCCUACGGCAUGGUGGGGGCCCUGCAGUUUGAGGUGCUCAUGGCCAUCGUGGGCACCCACAAGUUCUCCAGCGCCAUCGGCCUGGUGCUGCUGAUGGAGGCGGUGGCCGUACUCAUCGGGCCCCCAUCAGGAGGCAAGCUCCUGGAUGCGACCCACGUCUACAAGUACGUGUUCAUCCUGGCGGGGGCCGAGGUGCUCACCUCCUCCCUGAUUCUGCUGCUGGGCAACUUCUUCUGCAUUAGGAAGAAGCCCAAGGAGCCACAGCCCGAGGUGGCGGCCGCGGAGGAGGAGAAGCUCCACAAACCUCCUGCAGACUCGGGGGUGGACUUGCGGGAGGUGGAGCAUUUCCUGAAGGCUGAGCCUGAGAAAAACGGGGAGGUGAUUCACACCCCGGAAACGAGUGUCUGAGUGGCUGGGCGGGGCCGGCAGGCACAGGGAGGAGGUACAGAAGCCGGCAACGCUUGCUAUUUAUUUUACAAACUGGACUGGCUCAGGCAGGGCCAUGGCUGGGCUCCGGCUGCCGGCCCAGCGGAUCGUCACCUGAUCAGUGUUUUGCGGGGGAAGGUGGCGGGGUGGGAACCAUGUCAUUCCAGAGUGGAUCUGUGGUGAAACCAAGCCACAAGGUUACAAGGCAUCCUCACCAGGGGCCCCGCCUGCUGGUCCCAAGCAGCCUGCGGCCACUGCUAUGCUCAAGGACCUAGAAACCCGCACUGCAAGACAACGUGACUUUAAUGGGAGGGUGGGCUGGCAGGGCAGGUGCUGCGUGGGGCCCUCUCCAGCCUGUCCUACCCUGGACUCUCACGUGGGGCCUGUGCCCACCCCUCUAGUGUCUUGGGGACAGCUCCUUCCACCCCUGGAAGGUGGAAAUAAACCUGGAUGUGGGUGGAGCGUCAGGACAA